UUCACCUACUGACACGUCGUCAUCGUUACUAAGCAACAGAGAACGCUAUCCGCUCCAGCUGAGCCAACUUUCAAAAUAGCUACCUACCAAGGCUAAUUAGUAAGUAAAAAUAUACCAAAAGUAUUCUCAUGCCAAACAUUUUAAUCCAAAAUGUCUUCUACUUCGACAAUUUACAAUUUGCAAGAUAUCGGGAAGCAAACAACGCCCCAGUAUUCCUCUGGGUCACCCACUUGCUAUCCUCAUGAGUCAGUGACACAGGAGACCACUGAUGCGCAACCAUUUCCUGCUGUGGUUCAUCAGCCGUGUGCAGACACCUUUUCAACCUCCGAGGAAGAGAAGGAGGAGAAGACAAUGGAGAAACACGAUGGUGUGUUGACUGAAGAGGACGUUCCCAGCUGUUUAUCCAACCUGGGACACUCUGCCACUGGACUAGAGCAUGUCUACCAGUUCCUCUGUGCGCCUGGUCGAAAUCUGAAUAAUGUAUCCAUCCUAUGCAAUUACGUCCACCUUCAAAAGCUAGAACUUCCUUACAACAAAAUAAAAGAUUUAUCCUGUGUAAGCCACAUGCCGUAUCUCAUCAUCCUGGACGCCUCCCACAACCAACUCACCGACUUCUUUGGAUUCCAGCCGCCCAAGAACCUCAAGGAGGUUAACUUUUCCCAUAACCAGAUGUCAGUGAUGACACAUUUGUCAGCCUACUCGUCUUUGAGUAAACUGAAUCUGGACUACAACUGUUUCAGUGAGAUCGGUGGUCUGCUGCAUUGUGACAGCCUCACACACCUCAGCCUGGCACACAACAAGAUCUCCUGUAUCAGUGGCCUGGACAACCUGCCAAUCAAAGACCUCUGUCUGAGGGGGAAUCAGAUUGAGAAGAUAGAGAACGUGGAGACUCUGACAACCCUGCAGGUCCUGGAUCUGUCUCUGAACCGGAUCACCAGUCUGUCAGGCCUGCAGAAUCUCCAUCUGCUGGGCUCCAUCAACCUGGAGAGGAACCUGAUCAGUGAAAUCAAGGAGGCCACACACAUCCAUGACCUGAGCCUGCUCCGAGAGCUGAAUCUGCAGAGAAACCUAGUCCAGGAGCAACUGGACUAUAGACUGGCAGUGAUCUUCCUCCUUCAACACCUGACUGGCCUGGACCAGGAGAAAGUCACAGUAGAGGAGAAGG